AUGACACAGGGCCAGGUCAUCGGCAACAAGUGGGACUCGUAUCUGACGUUCCUGAACGCGGGCUAUGACGAGCGCAGCGCGCUGGACAGCCUGGGGCUCAAGCGCUACUGCUGCAGGCGCAUGCUCCUCUCGCACGUCGACCUCAUCGAGAAGCUCCUCAACUACUCGGUGGCGGAGAAGAGCAGUGGCGAGUAA